AUGGCUACUUUUAGUAGUCUAGGAAUUGGCUUAAGUUUUCUCUUUGGAUGUGUAGUCUUUGCUUUUGUUGGAGAAGUUUAUUAUCUUCUAUGUACUAAUUCUUCAAAAAUCCCAAAAGCCCAAGAAACUUCUUUGCAUGAAAGUGAUGAGAAUCAAGAAAAACAACAAGAAAUUACUCAAAAAGAUUCACCAUUAAAAGGAUUAGGAGAAGAAAGUGUGGAUCUUGAACUAAUGAGACUUCAUAAUUUAUGUGGGCCACCAAGGUUUCUAUUUACAAUCAAUGAAGAAACAAAAGAGGAUUUGGAAAAAGAAAGUAGGAAGUCAAGAAGUUAUAGUUUAAGUGAGCUUCUUUGCACACCAGAAACACCAAUGUGUUCAUCACCAUUGAUCAAAGAUGGUCAAAAGUUGUCAAAUUUGGAAGGCUUUUUGAAUCCAUUGUAUGAUAUUGACUCUGAGUUUGACUUCAACAAGAUUAGAUCUUCACCACCUCCAACAUUUAAGUUCUUGAGAGAUGCAGAGGAGAAGUUGUUGAAAAGAUUGAUGGAAUUAGAAGCUGUAAAAAAGGCAAGUUUAAUGCAAACAGAUGAGAAGAUUAAUGGUAGUAAUUUAGUAAAAUUGGAUGGUAAUAAAGGUAAAAGUGAAGUUGUGAAUAUUCAUCAUGAUCAUCAUCAAAUGUCUACUACACCUUCACAGGUAUUACCAUUGGCUUCCUCUCCAUCAAAGUGA